UAUGAUGGAAAUUGAGGAUUGGGAAAAAAGAUCUGAAAACACUCCACUUAAAGUACACAUGAUUGGUAUUAAUUUAAGAAAAUUUUAAGCUGGUUGCUUAGCAGGAUUAAUUGAACAUGUAUCAAUGUUACCAUUGGAUAAUGUGAAAGUACUCUCUAAACUAUAUCAACUAGACUCAUCUUUAAGUACUCCCUGAUUCGAAGUUCUCGUAGACAGUUUCGUCUUUGAGGUAUGAACAAAUUGGAAUUUUAGGAAAUAAGGAUUAAAGACAUUCUUUAAUGGUUAUGGAGCAGUCACAGCAGGUUGUAUGCCAGCUCAUGCAUUUUAUUUCAGUAGUUAUGAGGUAUAAGUAAUUGGGAUAUUCAAGAUUUUGAAAACUCUCCUGGAUGUCAAUGAUGAAAAUAUCCAUCCUUAAGCCUUUGCUUUGAUUGGAGCUGUAUCAACUCUAUGGCACGAUCUAAUUAUGGUACCAUUUGAUGGUAUCUCUUUUAUUAAAAUUAAGUUAUAAAAUAAAGAUAGCAAAUCUAAGAGAAGACUUUCAAGAGAACAGUGAAAACAAUCUUAAAGUAAGAAGGACUGAUUGCAUUUUAUCGGAGUUUUCCGAUUACUUAUGUACUUUAGAUAAUUCAAUUUAGUUAAUGUCAGCUCCAUAUUAGGCCAUAUUUUUUGCUGCCAAUGAAACUACCAAGACUUUAAUGUUUAAGAAAUCAGAACAUAAUUUUGUUAGCCACUUCUGUUGUGCAGCUUUGGCAGGAUGCGCAGCUGUUUGUGUUAUGAAUCCAUUGGAUGUUGUCAAAACCAAGUUGCAGACUUAGAGUUGGCAUCUUAACUCCUCCUAAGUCAAAUAUAAUACUUUCUUUGGAACUAUAAAAACAAUAUUGAAAGAAGAGGGUUAUCUUGGUUUCUAUAAAGGAUUGCUACCAAGAUUAUGCAUGCAGACUAUGUCUGGAGCUACUGCAUGGGCAAGUUAUGAAUUCAUUAAAAGUAAACUACUUCCUCUUUCAGAUGUUAAUUGA